AAAUGAGAAAUCUACAAAAAUAAAAAGAAAAGAAAAACAUCAGAAAAAAGAAAGAGUGAAACGGUGCGUGUGGUGGCAGCAGCCCCAAUCUCCAUCGCUGAAAUCGACGAGACCCUUCAAUCAACUCCAUUUGGAGCAUUUCCGUUUGGUUGCUGAGAAAACCCUUGGAAAAUUUUGCAGAAUACUCAGGGAGAACUCUAAAUCUUCGGCAAAAUGGUUUCGUUCGAGAUGAAUGAUCGGAAAAAGAUUGGACUAGGGUUGACGGGAUUUGGCGUUUUCUUCUCAUUCCUGGGAAUUAUCUUUUUCUUUGAUAAGGGAUUACUUGCGAUGGGAAAUAUCCUCUUCUUAUCGGGGGUGACUCUUACCAUUGGACUGAAAUCCACUACGCAAUUUUUUAUGAAACGUCAAAAUUUCAAGGGAACAAUUUCAUUUGGGAUUGGAUUCUUCUUAGUUGUUAUAGGAUGGCCUAUUUUUGGCAUGAUCUUGGAGGCAUAUGGGUUCAUUGUGCUCUUCAGCGGCUUCUGGCCAACACUGGCAGUUUUUCUGCAGAAGAUACCUAUUCUUGGUUGGUUGUUCCAACAGCCAUUUGUUAGAUCGUUGUUUGAUCGUUACUGGAGUAGACGGGUGCCUGUGUGAUCUGCAAAAAACGAAGGAAGUCCAAAAAAUAUUGAGGGCAUUCCGCACUUGUAAAUUACUGUCAAACGAGGACAAUAGUAUUUUGCUAAUUUGGUUCACUUGUUGAAAUUAGAAAAUGAUUUCUAAUAUUCAGUAUGAGGUUUGUAUCUUGUAUGAAAAAGAAAAAAGAGGGAGAUGAAAUUUAUUGUA